CGGGGAUACAAAAUGUGGAUCCAUUCCCUUUUUCCAUUUUGUUUUCUUUUUUUUCCCUUUCUUGUUAUUUAUUUUCAUUUAUCUUUGAUAUACAUCAAUGUUGACUCGUAUUAUAUUUAAAAGAUAUAUUCAUUUCACCUUAAACUGUUUAGAAAGACAACGAUCUUUAGAUCAUUUAUCUACCAAAGAUCAUAAAUCGUUUACACUUGAAGCUUUCCCACCUAUUCCUCCUCUACAACCUAGUCAACGUAUUUGGGCCAAUAAAAUGUUUGCUAGACCUGCUUCUUUUAUCAAAAGUAUUUCACAAUUUGAACAAGCUCCUGAAACAAACUUACCAGAGGUUGCUUUUGUAGGCCGAAGUAAUGUUGGGAAAUCAACAUUGAUCAAUCAACUAACAAACAAUCACAAACUAGUAAAGACUUCUAGUAAACCCGGUCAUACUAGAUUACUGAAUUUUUUCGAUCUGGCUGGAAAAUUGACAUUGGUGGAUAUGCCUGGUUAUGGUUUCAAAUCAAAAACUGAAUGGGGUGAAUUAAUCAUGAAAUAUUUAACAAAUAGGAAACAAUUGAAACGUCUUUUUAUACUAGUAGAUCCAACAGCAGGUUUGAAGGAAACUGAUCGUAUAUUGAUGACUUAUCUAGAUCAACAUGCCUUGACUUAUCAAAUCAUAUUGACCAAAAGGGAUCGAUUAUCAAAAGCAGCCUUUGAUUCUUCACGACAACAGAUUGAAACUGAAUUGAUCAAGCAAGCUAUUUGUUGUUACCCUCAUAUUCUGUCCACUGGUAUGGCAAGAAGAAGCAAGAAGAAUCAAGAUACAGUUGCCCAUGAUUUGGCUCAAUUGCGAUGGUCUAUACUCGAUGCAGCUGGAAUCAAGCAAUAACCUAUACCAUAGUUAAUUUUAUUUCACACAUGUAUACACACACAUAUCUAUUCAUUCAUAACAUAUAUACAUACUAUCGAUGCAUUUGUUUAGAAUAUCCCUCCCUCCUCAAUUUGUCACCUAUUAGAUAGACAGUUAGAUUUAUAUAAAUCUCAUUUUAUGAAAAUAAAGAUGAAACUUUUCCUUUAUAAAAUAGAUAUACUCUUCAAUAGACCGAUCCAUUACAAAAUAAAUCAAACUGGUACUGAAAUAUUUAAAGCCAUCAUAUAUAUAGAGCCG